AGAGCAGCGUCACAUCGCAUUUCUUGGAACAGGUAGCUAGCAAUGGGUGAGGAGGCAGCUGCUGCGCCGUCGCUAGGCGAUCUCCACCUCCCUCUCCUCCACGACGGAGGCAAGCAGGAGCAGAUCACGACAAGGAAGAGGUGGUGGUGCGGGUGGCUGGAAUGGGACUCCGAGGAGGCGGCUGGGCAGCUGGCCUUCGCGGCGCCCAUGGUGGCCACCGGCAUGGCCUACUACGCCAUCCCGCUCGUCUCCGUCAUGUACGCCGGCCGCCUCGGCGACCUCCAGCUCGCCGCCGCCACGCUCGCCAACUCGUGGGGCACCGUCACAGGCAUCGCGCUCAUGACUGGACUGAGCGGGUCACUGGAGACGCUAUGCGGGCAGAGCUAUGGCGCGAAGGCGUACCGCAUGAUGGGCGUCUACCUGCAGGCGUCCGUCAUCACGUCGGCGCUCUUCUCAGUGCUCGUCUCCCUCCUGUGGCUCUACUCGGAGGCUUUCCUCGUCUUCCUCCGGCAGGACCCCGAGGUCUCGAGGCUGGCCGCCGUCUUCCUCCGCUACAUGAUCCCGGCGCAGUUCGCCUACGGCUUCAUCCAGUGCACGCUCAGGUUCCUGCAGACGCAGUCCGUAGUCAUGCCGCUCGUGGCGUUCUCGCUCCUGCCCCUGGCGGUCCACGUCGGGAUCACCCACGCGUUCGUGCACCACCUGGGGCUCGGCUUCGCCGGCGCCGCCAUGUCGACGUCGGUGUCGCUGUGGCUGUCCUUCCUCAUGCUUGCGGCCUACGUGAGGUUCUCGGAUAUGUUCAAGGACACCUGGGGGGGCUUCACCGCCGAGGCGUUCCGGCACGUCCUGCCUGGCAUGAAGUUGGCCAUUCCCUCUGCAGUGAUGGUGUGCUUCGAGUACUGGUCGUUCGAGAUACUGGUGCUAUUUGCCGGGCUGAUGCCGCAAUCGCAACUGAGUACUUCCAUCAUUGCAAUGUGCGAAAACACUGAAGCGAUAUCAUUCAUGAUCACCUAUGGGUUCGCUGCCGUUAUCAGCACGAGGGUGUCAAAUGAGCUGGGGGCAGGGAACAUCCACAAGGCGAAGAAGGCGCUCACCGUGUCGCUCGCUCUCUCCCUGCUGCUGGGGGUCACAUUCCUUGUGCUCCUAGGCCUCGGCCAUGAUCUGUGGGCGAGGCUGUUCAGCAACAGCGAGACGGUGGUGAGCGCAUUUGCUUCAAUGACGCCGCUGCUCAUCGGGUCAGUGGUGCUGGACUCCACACAGGGGGUCUUGUCAGGGGUUUCAAGAGGUUGUGGGUGGCAGCACUUAGCAGCCUGGGCUAACCUGGUGGCCUUCUACAUAGUAGGCUUGCCCCUCUCUCUCCUCUUUGGAUUUAAGCUUGGGUUUGAAACCAAGGGCAUGUGGAUGGGUCAGAUAUGCGGCUUCCUUUGCCAGAACUGUGUUCUGCUCUUCAUCACCCUGAGAAUCAAGUGGGAAAGAUUAGACCUGACGAUGAUCCACAAGGAGAACGAUUUUGUCUGUUGAGAAUCGAAAAGGCAUGAUGGUUUCGUACCAUGUAAUUUUGCUUGCGAUGUGGUUGACCAGAACAUUGAGCUAGAAGUUUGAGAGACUAACCAGAUUUUGUCUGGUGUGCAUGCCAUUAUAAUGUAACUAUUGAUAGUGUAUACAGAAACUUACCCUGAGUAGCUGAAUAAAUCUUGGGCGUAGCAAGUAGCAACUAGGAGCUAGUUGAAUCAAUCUUGCAGAAGUUAUAUGGACGCAAAAUUCUGAAAAAUUCGUCAGUCUCUGAAACACUGGGGUCAC